AUGGAUCGAUGCUCUCCGUAUCGAUCAAGCGGAUAUACUAGAGCGCAACGAGUCAUUGUCUGGCUCGGCACUGGAGACGAAGGCCAGAAGAAGGCUCUCGAACAAUUAGGCAGCCACUCUCCCAGCGUACAGGCACCAGGAGAAUUGGAAUCCCUACUUGCUCUCUGUGAAAAUGAUUACUGGGACCGCAUUUGGAUUGUACAAGAAGUGAUACUGGCGAAGAAGCUUCUGUUGAAGUACGACAAUCAGAAAAUCCCUUGGAGUAGCUGGCUUAUCCUCCAUCGCAAACAGCCUUAUCUCCGCGUGGUGGAGGAUGUAUUACAGCAAUGCGACGAGGCUGUCAAGGAGUGA